AUGAAUGCUCAAAAUAAUAAUUCCUCAAUUCUUUUAAAAGCUUCACCAAUACAACUUAAAAGAGAAAUAGCUAAACAACAAUGCCCCUUUUUAAGUUCAGAAACGGAUAAUGACAAAGAUGGGAAACAAUUUAUUUCAAAGGAUGAGAGUGAUAUGCUAAGGGAUUCGAUCCUCCAAAUAAACAGACCACGAAUCAAUCGACCUCCUUGGGAGAUUAUUGAACAUUCAACAAUAGCCCAACCAGUCCCCAACAACAACAAAGAAAGUUCAUUCAAAAAGGAAGACGAGGAAGACUCCUCCAAAACUGGAACAACUUUUCUUGUUCGCUCCUCCAAUUCCUCAACUAGUGGGUGUUCCUCUAACCCCCAAUCAGGCUCUUGUUCCCCUAUUGUGUUCAACAGUGGGAAUUUUACAACAAAGACAACAACCAGAAAUUUUACUUUUACACGUGAAGGAUUCGAGAAUGGAUUUAAUGAGUAUCCCGAGGAAAAUAAAAUUAAUAUUCCUGAACUAGUAGAGAAACAACAAGGUGUUGAGGAACUAAAGAGAAAAAAGGAAUGGGCAUUUGCAACAAAUGAAGUGUCGUCUUCUAAUGUUCCCACUAAAAUUGUAAAUUUUGGUUGA